ACUAUCGGGCGAUGAAAAGUUGGAGUAGCACGACUUAAUUCGUCGUUCUAGUUGUAUUCUGAGUGUGUUCCGUAAAAAACGAAAACUUAUCAACUUUAUUUGCUAGGAGACUUUCUCCCAGUUAAGUUUGUCAGAGUAGCAACGCAGGUGUCAGAUUCCAUCGCAAUCGCCUCGCCAUUACUUCGGGAAGCGAGUGCUGCAGGAGCAGACGGCACGGAUAGACGUGAGAAAGGGAAUGGAGAUCGCGCUUAGCUGAUGACUAAAUAGCAUCGAUUCUUUUCAACAGAAACGUCACCGACAAAUUUUCUUUCUUAAAAUGGGAAAAUUUUACGAGAGCAGCACUGUUUUCCAGUACAAUUGGCAGCAGGUCGUUCAGGCUUUUUGGAAACGCUACCCUAACCCUCAUAGUGCUCAUGUGUUGAGUGAAGACACAAUAUUUAGAGAAGUUCGAGGAAAUAAACUUUUCACUAAAAGACUUCUAACGAAGACAAACAGAGUGCCCAAAUGGGGUGAGCGCUUUAUCAGCAAUGCCAAGGUUGGAAUCAUCGAAGAAUCUGUGGUUGACCUGAACAAUCAAACCCUCACAACAUAUACCCGUAAUGUUGGUUACACAAAAGUUAUGUCUGUGAUUGAAAAAGUUGUCUACCGAGUUAGUGAUGACAACCCCAAUCAUACCGUGGCUGUAAGAUCUGGCUGGGUAGACUCUCAAGUCUUUGGUUUUAAGCAUGCUAUCCAAGCAUUUGGAGUGGAGAGAUUUAGGAAAAACUGUUCUCAGAUGGUUUUGGGAUUCAACCAUGUUUUAAGCAAGUUAUACCCUCUCAAUGGCCAAUCCAAUAAUGAUGGAUCCAUCAUACAUGAAGAGAAAUCAUCUGUUCAGGAGGCAAAAGAGAAACUAAAAGACGCUGCUAAGAGAGCUUCAGAUUUGGCCAUGUCCAAAGCUACUCCAAUUCUUGCAUCCUGUCAAGAUUGAUCAGUUAACAAACUCGCAGUGCAUCUGUUCAUUCAAAGUUGUAAAGUUAAAUCUUUACUUCAUUUUUUUCCAUUAGGAGCACACCACUAGUUAAAGGGUGUGAAUAAAAAUGUGAUCUAUUCCAGAAAGGUGAGAGGCUUAGAAGCUGUUAUUAAAUCUAUAUUUUGUAUUGCGUGUCUAUUGUCUUCCAGCAUAAGCCUUUACAGACAGUAGUCACUGAAGGGUUCGAACAUUCGCAUUUACAUACAGGGUAUUUAUGGCAAAGUGGCCAUGGGAAUGUAGGUCGCCCUCUUGUGCCCUAGUGCCCUUGUGAACUGUGUGUACAUCAACUUGAUAAAACAAAACAUGUGUCAAGGAGUCAUUACAGUCAUACCAUAUAAAUUCAAAGAAUAAUUUUUUUGAGUUAUUUCCAUACAGUCAGGUUACAUUUAGUUAGUAGUCAAUAAGUACAUACUGUAGUUACGCCACUCAUGCCAUUUUGAGGCAUACAUGUAAAUACAGAAAAGUGUUAAUGCGUGCUACUUCUUCACCUUAUAAUGUCAACCUUUUAUGUGAGAGAUGUUAAAUAUUAUAUGGUUUAGAAGAGUACUAUUGUGAGGAGGCAGCUGAAAAAGAAGAGUUUUUGUGGAGUCGGUAAAGGUGUUUGAGGUUCUAGUGUUUUUGCAACUGUGAUCGAUCAACUGAUACUGUCAAAGAUUAUUUGAGGCAGUGGCUUUGUUCUUCCUGUACAUGUGAAUAUCAGGCUAUUUAUCUUCACUUUUUAUUGUUUUUUUCUUUUUUUUUUCCCUUACCAUCACUUUUGUGACUGCAAAUAAAUACUAGUGAAGAAUGUUGUUCUGUUAAAAACUAUGCAAUAAAGAAUUUUUUCAAGUAGAAUUCAAUUUUAGAACUGUUACAAAAAUUGUUGAUGAUUGAAACAUAAAUUUCACUAGAUUGACUUUUCUUGGACUAUGUGGUGGUAGUUUUACUGUGUGAGAAGUGUGUAAGCAAAACAGGGGUUUUUAUUUUAGUCUUUUUUGACACUUGGUAUUGUUUAAAUAGAGAUCCAAAGUCCCAUUUUGUAGCUGAGGUGGUGUUGAUUUACAUGCUAAGUUGAUUAGUGUAAUUAUCACCUGUAUCUUGAGAUAGGGUCUGUAUGAACUUUAUUCUUUACAAAUUUUCCUCUUAGAAUUAAAUUUUGACCUGAAUAAAUUGUUUCAAACUUCACAA